UUGAACAAACUCCAUGUAUCACACGUGUCCUUGAACUUGAGGUUAGUUUGCCUUCUAUGAGUCAAAGCAGCAGUUGGUCACAGGGUAGUUUAUCUGUCAGACUUCACUUUUACUUGUUCUCAACUGAAAUAAUUAGAGCAGGAGACAUAUUUAUGACAGCUCUGAGAACCAACUUGAAGUAAGAAUGUUUCUGAGUCAGAUACAGGAAUCAUUUGAACAUGUUGUCCAUUGUAUCUGCCUCCAGUCAUUGUUGUUGAACUGAAAUGAUGUUACUGCUGGCCAACUUCUCAGUUAUAACACUGAACUCAUUCUUCAGGUUGAAGGACAACCUCUUGCCAGUGACUCCUCUGAGACUGAGAUGUCCAGAACUACAGAACAGAUUCCCCAGGGAUCUCCAUGCUCCCAGAUGCAGGUUGAAGGACAACCUCUUGCCAGUGACUCCUCUGAGACUGAGAUGUCCAGAACUACAGAACAGAUUCCCCAGGGAUCUCCAUGCUCCCAGAUGCAGGUUGAAGGACAACCUCUUGCCAGUGACUCCUCUGAGACUGAGAUGUCCAGAACUACAGAACAGAUUCCCCAGGGAUCUCCAUGCUCCCAGAUGCAGGUUGAAGGACAACCUCUUGCCAGUGACUCCUCUGAGACUGAGAUGUCCAGAACUACAGAACAGAUUCCCCAGGGAUCUCCAUGCUCCCAGAUGCAGGUUGAAGGACAACCUCUUGCCAGUGACUCCUCUGAGACUGAGAUGUCCAGAACUACAGAACAGAUUCCCCAGGGAUCUCCAUGCUCCCAGAUGCAGGUUGAAGGACAACCUCUUGCCAGUGACUCCUCUGAGACUGAGAUGUCCAGAACUACAGAACAGAUUCCCCAGGGAUCUCCAUGCUCCCAGAUGCAGGUAAUCUUUUGUCCUGAUUGUUUUACUUGUCUUUCAGUUGCUCAGAUUUUAGUUUUUAAGCUUUCUGUCUGUAAUUAAUUGUUGAAGUGUUUGCAGUUGA